UCAGAUGGCGGCACUGAAAAUUGACUCGAUGGCGGGGGUUUUGGAGGGGUUUCAAAGACUCAAAAAGUCAAAAUUGACCCGAGGAAUAUUCCACGCAAUAAGAGAGAAAGGAAGGAAGGAGAAGGAGAGAGAGAGAGAGAGAGAGAGAGAGAGAGAGAGAGAGAAAAAGAGAGAGAGGAUGGGCUGCAACUGCCGGCCCUUCUCGCCGGUGCAACUGCCACCACCACCACCCACCACCACCACUUUCCCGCUCUCACUUAGCUCCAAGCUUCUCUUCACCACCGCCUCCGACCGUCGUAAGCGGCUCAAUCCUCUUGCCCCGCUGUUCCUCAGAAACCCUAAAAAUUCCUCCGCGCCUGCUUCCCCUCUCCUACUCAAUAACCUAGACAACAACAACAACAACAACAACAACAACAACAAUGGCGGUGGAGGCGGAGGCGGCGGUUGGAGCGAUUCCUCCGACGCCGACGAGUGGUGGCGAAACGACGGUACCGGCGUUCUUCUCUUCCUCUUCUCUCGUGCUUUUUCCAAUGAGGGUGAACCAUUUAAUUCUCUACAAAAGCAGCUGCUGUUAUUAUUUUUUUCCGCUUUGUGUUGGUUUGGCCAAUUCCAGUUGGCUUCGGCCCAAGCCAGAGCUAAUAGUUCCACCACUAGUGGUGAAAAUGGAAAGGAAGGAGUAGAAGUUGUUUGGGAGGUGAGGGGAGGGAGGUGGAUCAAGCUCAUCGCCGACCAGUUUAAGGACGCGUUUAUUGUUUCGGAUGGGAAUUCCCGGUCGAGUUUUUCGGUUGGUGGUAAUGAUUUUGAGAAAAAAUCGUUGCCUUUUGGUGUGGCGUGCGCUUUGUGGGUGCAAUGCCGGGAUUUAUUCGUGCAUUUUAUGCUCCCGGAAGGUUUUCCUCAUAGUGUUACAAGUGAUUACUUGGAUUAUUCUCUUUGGAGAGGAGUUCAGGGUAUAGCAGCCCAAGUUAGUGGUGUCCUUGCCACCCAGUCUUUGCUUUAUGCUGUUGGGCUGGGAAAAGGGGCCAUUCCUGCUGCAGCGGCUGUGAAUUGGGUACUCAAGGAUGGAAUUGGUUAUCUUAGCAAAAUUCUAUUGUCAAAGUUUGGUCGGCACUUUGAUGUAAAUCCCAAGGGCUGGAGAUUAUUUGCAGAUUUAUUGGAAAAUGCUGCAUUUGGAAUGGAGAUUUUAACUCCUGCAUUUCCCCAUCUCUUCGUUCCAAUUGGUGCUGCUGCUGGAGCUGGACGUUCAGCCGCUGCACUAAUCCAGGCAGCUACUAGGAGUUGUUUCUUUGCGGGCUUUGCAGCUCAGAGGAAUUUUGCAGAGGUAAUUGCAAAAGGUGAAGCUCAGGGAAUGGUGAGCAAAUUCAUUGGUAUCGGGCUCGGUAUAGCAUUAGCUAACUGCAUUCAGGGAUCUACACCUCUUGCUCUUGCUUCUUUUGGUGUGGUAACUUGGAUACACAUGUUCUGCAAUCUGAAGUCUUAUCAAGCCAUUCAACUAAGGAGUCUGAAUCCGUAUCGUGCAAGUUUGGUCUUCAGUGAAUACUUGCUUAGUGGUCUAAUUCCUUCAGUUAAGGAGGUUAAUGAUGAGGAACCACUUUUUCCAGCUGUACCACUUCUUAACCUAAGUCCUGCAAACAAAUCACAGUCGGCAGUACUUUCAGGAGAAGCCAAGGGUGCGGCUGCCACUAUUGAGGCUCGGCUGCAGCUGGGGACCAAACUCUCUGAAGUUGUUAAAAACAAGGAUGAUGCACUUGCGCUGUUUGAUCUCUUCAGAGAUGAAGGCUACAUUUUGACCGAGCAUGAGGGAAGAUUUUGUGUAGUACUCAAAGAAAGCUCCUUGCCACAAGACAUGCUCAAGUCAAUGUUCCAUGUCAGCUACCUGUAUUGGUUGGAGAAAAAUGCUGGAAUCAAAACAAGGAGCUUGUUUGAUGACUGCAGACAAGGGGGAAAGCUGCAAAUAUCGCUAGACUAUGUUCUAAGGGAGUUCAACCAUGUCAAAAAGGACGGCGAACUGGCGGGUUGGGCGGUAGAUGGUCUGAUUGCGAGGCCUUUGCCUAACAGAAUCCGUCCUGGAAACAUUUCCUCUGCUGUACAAUGCUGAUCUAAAUAUGCAGAAAGCAGGCAUGCAGUCGCCAUGUGUACAUUGCAAGCAAACAAAUAAGGGAAGGAAAUGCCUUUCUAUGCAGCAAGAACCGGCUUCAGCAGGGGGGAAGAUGGAAUGGAGAAGUCGAAGGGUGUGGAAAAAGACUAGAACGCCCUUGGUGGUUGGAAGGACCGGGAAGAUGUGUACAGACAAUUAAAAGUUGCAGAUCCGCUCGACAAUUGAAAGUUGCAGGUCCACGGGCGGCGUGGACUUGGUGUGCAACUUGAAUUUACAGAUGAUUAGCUGCUAAGUUCAGAACCACAUUCUUUCAUUGUGCUACCAUGGUGCUUGUCUAGGUCUCAGAAAAGUUUCCCAUUGAAUUUUUGAGAGUUGCUGAAAUGUUGCUCGAGGUCAUAGAAAAACUUCCUUCUCUCGCAAUGUAAGCUUGAGUUCACAAAAGCAGAAAUUUUCAUUACAAUCGGUAAACACUGGUAUGAUUCUGCCAUCUGGAUACAGGUCCUUCUAGUUGUAUAAAUGUAGUAUUCAAGGUGGGAAAUUGAGAUUCA